AUGCCUUUUUAUUUAAAUAGGUCUGACACGAAAGAAAAACAUUAUAAGAUUGUUGACAAAAAACAUACUUACUCAUCCAAAAGAGAGUUGGUGGAAUCUCAUGGUUUAAUCACAUCUACAAGCGCAGAUGUAAUUCCACUUUCAUUUUUAAAGCAAAUAUUUGAAGCAAAUUAUACAGAGGUACAUGAAUUAAGAGAGAAACAAAUGAAAGAUGAAGCCGAACUGCUUAAACUUCGAAGAGUUUAUAACAUUAGAUCAACUUUGGCAGAAUUUGAACAACAAUUUACAAAAUGCCUGGAAAAGACGUGUGAGAUGAAUAAUGAGAAUUUAAAAGCAGUGGAGAAAUGUAUUGGUAGCUUGUAUUAUACUUCAUCAAAAGCACUUCAUGGCCAUGACGAAAUUGUGGUUUGUGAAAAAGAUUGA